AUGGUUGCAUCAGCAAACGAUUCCAUUCUACUAGUAUCUUCUAUCAAGUCCGAUCAAGCUUCUCUUGAAAAGAUCAAGGCAUCGGCUGAAAAGGAGGCUGGCAAUACUUCAUUUGAAGCCAUGGAGCGGGUUGCGGAAGCUCCUUUGAACAAGGCAUCCUACAGCAAGAUUUAUUCCAACACGGCAGAGCCUCCUAUCAGCAUCCACACACCUCAAAUUCUUUCACGCUUUCUAUCCACAUUGACGGCUAACGGCAGUCUGGUAUUGCAAGAGCCCAUUUGGUUGGAUGGCACCACUGUGAAUGCCAAUUUAUGUCCUGUUACACGCAAAGAAGCUGAAUUGGUGUCGCUACUCAAGUUGACUGGAUUCGUGGAUGUUCAAGUUCAAAAGGUGUUGCCUCUCUCGGAUGCUGAUCUCACAGAAUUCAUCAAGGCAUGGGGUGCUGCUCGUGUAGAACAAGGUGUCCAAGCACUCUCAGGCAAAUUGGGCAUGGUCUAUAUCACUGUCAAGAAGCCUGCUUAUGAAGUUGGCCAAAAGGUGACAUUGAGCUUUGGCAAAAAGAAGCAGCAACAAGAGACCAAAAAGACCGUAUGGGCUGUCUCUGGUAAUGACGACGAUGAUGAAGAACUCGAGGAUGAUGAAGCCUUGUUGGAUGAAGAAGAUCGUAUCAAGCCUAGCAAGGAAUCUUUGGCACGUCCUGAUGAUUGUGAAAUGACCGGCGGUCGACGUAAAGCAUGCAAGAAUUGUACAUGUGGUCGUGCAGAAAUGGAUGAGGAAGAAGCUGAAAAUGUCGUAUCAUUGGAUUUGAUGGAAGAUGAUGGCUCAAGUGAUGAUGUCGUUGAUGUGGAUCCUACCUCAAAGGCAACUGGUGGCUGUGGAAGCUGUGCUUUGGGUGACGCUUUCCGAUGCUCAACAUGUCCUUAUCUUGGUAUGCCAGCAUUCAAUCCAGGUGAAAAGGUCGUUCUUGGUGGCAUGUUUGGAAAGGACGAUAUUGAUAUCUAG